GAAACAUCUUAUUUGAAAAAAAGGAAAAUAUAAAAAAUAUAUAAUCCACAAAAUGAUUUUGUCUGUAUUUUAAAUAUCUGUUCUUCUCUUCGUCACUUUAGACAAUACUGCAUAUAUUAAAAGCUUAUUCAACACCACAUAUUUUUAUUCCUAUGUUUUUGCGAAAUCGUUUAUUUUUUGUGUGAUGCAUAUAUACCUAUGGAUAUUUUCUGUCAUUUGACAUAUUUCCUUCACUAUUCUAUAAGAUAGUCUUUUAAACAUUUUCCGUUUUCUUGGUGUAUGCUUGGCAAAAUAAUUUAACGCAGUGUAAUAACAUGCGCAGCAUAAGUGAAUUAUACCUUUUAGUUAUAUACAAAAUAUAGCAGUAACAUUUUUAUUAAUAAAACAGUUUUGCUGCAUCCUUCAACAUAUAUUAAAAAAAAAAAAAUAAAGGAGGAAAAAAAAAAUGCAUGAUAAUAAGAAUAAUCCAAAUUUUCUUUUGUCCAUAAUAGCUUCGUUCGGGAAUAUAACAAAAGGAAAGAGUUCCUUCAAAAAAUCGUUCAAAGAAAAGGAAAUAAAUUUAAGAAGCAACAAAUUUGCGACAUAUAUAUUUUUCAAGUCUGUUUUUAUUGCAUUAGUUCUGUCUUUGUAUUACCUUUUCCUACAAAACAUAAAAACAUCCACAGGAAAUAAAUAUUCACACUCACACUUAAAUAACAGACAUUCGAGGAUAUUAUAUCAAGACAUUUCUUCAUUUUUAAAAGGAUCCCGAGCUAAUAAUGCUAUCGAAAAACAGAAGAAGAAUCCAUUUCCAUUUAAACAUAAUGAAAAUAACAAUUCUUUAGGAAAUGUGGAUAAACAGAAUGAAGACUUAAAAAAGAAAAUUUCAAAUGACAACCAAUUGAAAACCAACACGGGGAAGCCAGGGGAAUAUAAUAAAAACGAAAUCAUGUUCAGUUGUGCAAAUAUUGGCAAUUGCGAAGAAGUAACAGAAGACGAAUUAAGCGAUAAAUUAAAUAACAUAAAGGGGGCUGUUAAUGGCAAGACGAUGCAUCUCGUGUGGAAAUAUGUAAAUAAUCAUGAGAAGGUAAAUUUUAUUCGAAUGCAACAAGAAAUACAAAAUUAUUGUGAUAUGUCAGCUAAACAUUAUAACAUACCAAAAGAAUUUGAAACGAAAAAAUGCAAACAUGUGGAUGAUAAAAUAACGAAUGCACUACUAAAAAAAGAACGCUUUGAUUUAAAAAAUAUAAAGGAAUUUGCUAAGGAAGAUCUUUGUGCAAGGUGGGAAUUUCUAAGGUAUAUCAAAUUGAAGAGAAGAUCGUGGAAAGAACUACGCGAAUCCUCAAAGGAAAAGUGGACAAACUAUAUAAAUGAUGUGUUCAAAAAUUAUACAACUAAAAAGUCAAGUUGCAAAAUGUGCCGAAGAUAA